AUGCGAGGUGGGCCAGGAGGAGGAAUGAUGGGGCCAGGAGGCGGAAUGAUGGGGCCAGGUGGAGGUAGUGGAAUGGGAGGUGGACCAGGAGGAGGAAUGGGACCAGGUGGUGGCGGUGGCAUGCGAGGUGGACCAGGAGGCGGACCAGGUGGAGGUGGUGGAAUGCGAGGUGGCCCAGGAGGCGGAAUGAUGGGGCCAGGUGGAGGUGGUGGGAUGGGAGGUGGACCAGGAGGAGGAAUGAUGGGACCAGGUGGAGGUGGUGGAAUGCGAGGUGGCCCAGGAGGCGGAAUGAUGGGACCAGGUGGAGGUGGUGGAAUGCGAGGUGGACCAGGAGGCGGGAUGAUGGGACCAGGUGGAGGUGGUGUAAUGCCGGGUGGCGGGAUGCCAGGUGGGGGAAUGCCAGGACUAGGAUGGGGUAUGGGUGGUUGGGGUCUAUAG